CCAAAACACGCGGAUAUGAAAUUAGCGAGCGGUGGUAGGUUCUAGAAAGUCCUGGGGGCUUACGGAAAGGUAAAAUAUAUUAGGACUUACCCUCCAAAGAUUUGUCUUCCUUGUUGCAGAAGAACCGUGCUUUCUAAUCUUGUAAUUUUCUGCGUUGCUUCGUGGUUAAUUCUUCGUGUUCUUGUGAUCUUUCUGUUGGAGUAUUUACAACACUCCUUUGUAAGUUUAACUAAAGAGGCUAAUUAAUUUUCAAUUGGACCACAGCAGAUGGCUGAGGAGGGUCACAGGGUUACUCUAAAUGUUUAUGACUUGAGCCAAGGUCUUGCACGGCAGCUUUCAAUGUCCUUUUUGGGGAAAGCUAUUGAAGGCAUAUGGCACACAGGAGUUGUUGUUUAUGGUAAUGAGUAUUACUUUGGUGGGGGUAUUCAACACUCUCCUGCUGGAUCAACUCCAUAUGGAACUCCACUAAGAGUGGUAGACUUAGGUGUGACACAUGUUCCCAAGGAUGUCUUUGAAAUGUAUUUGCAGGAAAUCAGUCCGCAGUACCUGCCUGAAACAUAUAGUCUGCUUACUCAUAAUUGCAACAACUUCAGCAAUGAGGUUGCUCAAUUUUUGGUUGGUGCGUCCAUUCCUGAAUAUAUUCUCCAGCUGCCCAAUGAAGUCAUGAGCAGCCCAAUGGGAGCUCUUAUAUUGCCUAUGAUACAGAAUCUUGAGACAACACUGAAAUCUGGUGGAGUUCCUCAAGUACCACAAUUCAAGCCUGCAACUACUCUGAAUGUUUCAGCUAACACCCAAAAGAACUCAAGUACCUCCAACUCAUCCAGUGAGAAUGGGGUGAGCAGAGAGGUGAACAAGGAAGUGAAGGGCAAAGAUGAAAACUCUAAGGCAGCACCUUCUGCAAACACAACAGGGCAACCACAAAAGCCAUCACUAAAUGGGGUCACAGCAGACCCUCUUGGAGAUGCACGCAACAAGGUUCAAGAUGAGAUUCUCAAAGAGUUUGCUGCAAUUAUGGCAAGUGGGACAAUGCGUGCUAGUGAGGCUGCAGCUCUAGCCACUAAAAGAGUCAUGCAAAGAUACGGCCAUACUACUGCUGUGUCUCAGAAUUAGCUACUUUUCUUCAUCAGAAAACGAUUUGUGGGUCUAAAACCUCUACUUACUAUCACUGCAAUAAUUGCGGUGUUUCAUAUCAUUGGUUAUUAUUUGAACCGGGAAAAACAUGAUCAACUUGUAGCACCUAUUCUAUGAGUUUACUUAAUGGUUUCAAGUUAAUGUGCAUGUCGGAUGAAAUGCUGAUUAAGGGAAUCAUUUCACCACAUUUUCUGAAUAUAACUAUUGGAUUAUAAUGUUUUUAA